AUGCUACUAUCCUCAAUAUUAACACUUAACACUGAUGAAGCUGCUCUUCUUGCACUGAAAUCAUACACUUGGUCUCAUCCUAACGACAUCUUAGCAAGCAAUUGGUCUUCUUCCAACCCGGUUUGCAGCUGGAUCGGAAUCGCUUAUAGCUUCCGCCACCAUCGAGUCACUGCUUUAAACAUUUCUAGCAUGCAACUUCAUGGUACCAUUCCUCCACACCUUGGAAACCUCUCAUUUCUUGUUUCCCUCGACAUCAGUGUAGACACGGGGAUUCUGCAAGCAUUGGAGAAAGCUUCUGCAUUGACUAUACAGCUCUUCAACGAAUCGACUAACGGAGUUCUGCCCGAAGGUCAACUCGACAAGACGAAGUGCUGUCAAACAAUUCCUAGAAAUCCAAACAAAUUCCUGGGAGGCUCAAAUCAUCCGAAAGUUCGAGAAUUACGCUACAAAGGUCCUCGAAUUACUAACAACACUUUCCAUGGAGAUUUUCCGAAAGAGUUGGCUCAUCUGCAGAGGUUGAAAGUGAUUAAUGCCACAAGAAAAGACUUCACCGGAGCUGUUCCAUCAUUUUUAAGUUUGUUAUCAAACCUACGCUCAGUAUCUCUCGAGCAACCAAUUUUCGGGGAAAAUUCCUUCUUGCCUUUCGAAUCUUACAAAGCUGGAAGUGUUGAACUUGGAGAGAAAUUUUCUUGA